AUGGAGCGUGUCUCCUGCAAAUCUCACCCACCCGCACAACUACAUAAUCUAGUGCCUUAUGACCAGUGGUUUAUAACCCACUUGGAUGAUAACCAGAAAGUCAAACAGGUCAAGCAUUGGAUACUUUCCAAAUGCAAUAUCAUCCCAACGCCAUAUCUCCCCGCUCAGCGCCCAGUUUCUCCUAUCACGUUUGCUUCCAGCAUCAGGACACGUACCUCAAUCGAUAGUAUGGACGACGGUUAUAACGAGGAUGACGAGGAUGACGAGGACUCGGAUGACUUCGAUGACUUUUCCUAUCGCCACCCAGAACUCAGGCGUCAGACUAUACAUUCUCGUCGACCCGGAAAGACAUCAACCGCAUCUGCUUCACACACCAUUCAACCUGGCAGUAGUCCAGUCACCGACCAAUAUACCCUUAUUUCCUUCUCAACCGGAACAAUUCUAGAAGAUGACUAUGCCCUAUCGUGGUAUAACCUUCGGCCUUGUGAACUUCUAGAGAUGCACCGCUCAGGAAAGGUCGUCCAGUUACCAAGAGAAAUUAUGUCGGAGUAUGUCCAACCCUACUUCGAGUCUAAAGCUAGGGCCCUCCGUGCAGUAUGGAGUAUAAAGUCGGGCCGAUUCGAAUCCCCUGCGGCCACCGGCAAUAGGUUAAAUGCAAGAAGCAGAGACAAGAUAUCUACUAUCCAGACUCCUUUGCAACCCGAAAAGAAGAGGAGAAAGGCUAAAGUUGAAUGGAAAGAUCGAUGGAUAGUCAUAAAUCAUGGCACGCUGUCUCUUUGUAAGGAUUCCUCCGGUGGGACUCCUUUGCAUCAUUUCCCGCUGACAUCAUUACGCGCGCUUCGUGGCGCAGAGUCUCUUGCAAGAGCUUGUUCCAUCAUUGCAAAACAACGCGUUGUUUGUCUCAAGUUUCAAGGCAAGGAGUUCUUGGCAUCCUCCUUCCCUGCCUCUUCACCGCCCAUGUCUCUCCCCUCGUCUCCGAUUGUAGAAGACUGGAAAACAGACGUGCAAAUUGAAGCAACAGAUAUCACCUCUCUACCGGACAAAACCACUUCAACCCCAAAAGAACCUUCAGACGACCACCAUAAGAACUCCCCGUCCUCCGACUAUAAUCCGGAAGACAUCUGCCGCGGGGAAGGCGAAUGGCUCGUCCUCGAUUUGCUUGACGACCAUGCUUUCUCGAACAUCCUCCGCAUCCUUCACCGCUACACCUCUUAUCCAAUAUCAUCAUCGUUCCUCCCCACCUCAUCAAUCAUCACAGUCGCAAACUACUGGAAUAAUGUGUCUUCUCCCGCUCUCACGCCUUUUGUUUACUCUUCUCCAUAUGAUUCUCUUCCAUACCCGGAAUGGCGCAUGAAAACCGUCGAGACCGCGCGCAAGGCUGGCAUGGGGGACGUCGGAAAACCCCUCGCACUCGUCUUAUGGUGCGAAAAUGCCCGCCGAGAAUCCUCAUUGCACGACACCUGCAAUCCGCGAUUCGCUUUCUCACAAGGAAUGGGUCAUAAAUCUUCCAGUAGUUCUUUUACGCCAUACUCGGACUCAGAAUCAGACGAAACUGAUGGAGACAGCGAGAUGGAGUGGGAGGGUUGGAUGAGGGACCUGGAAAGGCAAGGAAGCGUGAAGCAGCACAUGCAUCAUCAGAAAAUCGUUCAUUCACCUAGUGAUUCCGAGCACCAACCACCAAGUCCCUCACCCCUAUCUACCCCACCACUUUCAGACGUAUCCUCUUGGGGCUCACCCCCACACUCAUCCCCCGCAUACCCCACGAUCAACAAUGUCAUCCAAUGCGCGGACCCUUUUUCCCGCACUUCUUUCGAAUCACGUGUGCCUGGGUGGAUCAAGAAUACGACGGUUAGCACCGUGAGCGUGGGCACUGCCCCACACACGUCUCCAAGGAGACGAUCUUCGACGCUCACUCCAGGCAGCUUAUCCAGGCUAAUGAAAGACUGGGAAAGGGGAGACGCCAUUCGUCCAUCAACUGCUAUUAAUGGCUCGCGUACGGGAGCGCCAUCGUCAUCAUCACGAGGCACCCAUAUCCGACAUGCACAUUCAGGAUCCAAUCUCCGUUCAGCCCCGACAGAGAACCUCCAUCGCGCACAAGACGCAGAAGGUUCAAGUACUGGAAAGAAAAAGGUUGGUAUCGUGAGGGGUAUGUCGAUGCGGGCAGAAAAACUUGUGAGGGGACUGGACGCUGCCAUAGACUUUGUUGAUAAUCAUCCUUAG